AUGGCGGCAAUGGCAGAUCAUGAAGCUUCUGCAAUCGAACUCAUCAAGCAACACCUUCUCGGCGAAUUCUCUCCUUUAGAGACGACUUCAUUUGCCGGAAGUUUUCACGUCGGCGACAAUAGUUGCACUUCCCUGUCAACUUCAGGUUCUGAUUCAAUGUUGUUUGGAUUCUCCGACGACUAUUGUACUGCUUCUAACAAUCAAUUCCUAAUCAGUUUUGACAAUAAUUCGCUAUCUUUUAACCGGAAUCAACGAGGUUUAUUUGAAUUUGAGGUUGUUGAAGGAACAAACAAAAUAGCAAAACCGAGCUCUAUUAUGACUUCUUAUAAGAAUAAUAAUAAUGUCGAUUGGAAUCCGGAGAAGAAGAAAGUAGAAUGGUUGGAUUUCGGACAACAGCAGAGGAAGAAGAGAGGAUACAGGGGAGUCCGGCAAAGGCCUUGGGGAAAGUACGCUGCGGAGAUUCGAGAUCCGAAACGACGUGGUUGUCGAUUGUGGCUUGGGACGUAUGAUUCUCCAAUUGAAGCGGCUAGGGCAUAUGAUCGUGCAGCGUUUAAGAUUCGUGGAAGGAAAGCUGUUCUUAAUUUCCCUCUUGAGGUAGAACACUGGUCUAAAGAGACGGUUACCAUCGAGAGGAAAUUAAGUGGAAGAAAAAUAGAAAUCGAUGUUGAAAAUCAAGGAAACGGAGAGCAGAUGAAUAUGGAGAAGAUAAUGGAAUCUGACUUUAGUCAUGAGAAUGAGAUGGCUUGUUCGCCAUCGUUAUCAACGUGGAUCAUGGAUUGGAAUCAAGUCGACGCUGUUGUUGAUAGCUUUGGAAUUUUCUCCGAUGGUUUCCUUUGA